GGCGGCGCUGGAGCCAGCAUGGCGGAGGUGGCGGCCGCUCCCGCUGCGCCCGCGACCCGCAGCCCCCGGCGCUGAGCCGGAGCCGCGCCGAGCUCGGCGGCCGGGCCCGCCUUUAUUCCCCUUCCCUUUCUCCCUACCCCUUACCUUCUCCUACUCCCGCCAUGGCCGAGCCGGCGGCCGCGGGUAUCUCCUCGUUGCCUCGCGAGGUCCGCGAGCAGCUGGCCGAGCUGGAGCUGGAGCUCUCGGAAGGAGACAUCACACAAAAGGGUUAUGAGAAGAAGAGAGCAAAGCUCCUGGCUCCGUACGUCCCUCAAACACAAGGGGUUGAUCCGGCUCUCCAGAAGGAAUCCAGAACUCAGACCCCCACUCCAUCUGCAGCUCCAGCCCCAGCUCCCUCCUCAUCAUCAUCCAAAUUUCACCGAGCCCGCUCAGGGGGAGCCAGAGAUGAACGCUACCGAUCUGAUAUCCACACGGAAGCAGUUCAAGCAGCACUGGCAAAACACAAAGAGCAGAAAAUGGCCCUCCCCAUGCCCACAAAAAGGCGAUCUACUUUUGUUCAGUCUCCAGCUGACGCCUGCACUCCCCCAGACACGUCUUCCGCAUCCGAGGAUGAGGGGUCGCUAAGGCGUCAAGCUGCUCUUUCUGCUGCAUUGCAUCAGAGCUUACAGAAUGCUGAGUCUUGGAUCAACCGAUCUAUUCAGGGGUCAUCCACAUCUUCAUCAGCAUCCUCUACACUUUCCCAUGGAGAAGGCAAAGGGACCAGUGGGUCACUAGCUGAUGUAUUUGCCAAUACUCGAAUAGAAAAUUUCUCAGUUCCCCCAGAUGUCACAGCAACUACCUCCUCUUCCUCCACGCGCCCAGCAGCAAUUGACCUUCCUCCUUCAGGGAUCGUGAAGGGCAUGCACAAGGGAUCCAAUCGGUCCAGUCUGAUGGACACUGCCGAUGGUGUUCCUGUGAGUAGCAGAGUCUCCACAAAGAUUCAACAGUUGUUGAACACCUUGAAAAGGCCUAAGAGGCCACCUCUGAAAGAAUUCUUUGUGGACGACUUUGAAGAAAUUGUGGAAGUUCCACAGCCUGAUCCAAAUCAGCCCAAGCCAGAAGGACGCCAGAUGACGCCUGUGAAAGGAGAACCACUGGGAGUUGUUUGUAACUGGCCCCCUGCCUUAGAAGCAGCACUGCAGCGCUGGGGAACCACACAAGCUAAAUGCCCCUGUCUGACAGCACUGGAUGUUACAGGGAAACCAGUUUAUACCCUCACAUACGGCAAACUGUGGAGCAGAAGUCUCAAGCUGGCCUACACGCUGCUUAACAAACUGGGGACCAAAAAUGAACCUGUGUUAAAACCUGGAGAUAGGGUAGCCCUUGUGUAUCCAAACAAUGACCCAGUCAUGUUUAUGGUGGCAUUUUACGGCUGUCUCCUAGCAGAAGUGAUACCAGUGCCUAUAGAGGUACCUCUUACCAGAAAGGAUGCUGGUGGUCAGCAGAUUGGUUUUCUUCUGGGAAGCUGUGGUAUUGCUUUGGCCCUGACCACUGAAGUCUGUCUAAAAGGGCUUCCAAAAACCCAAAAUGGAGAAAUUGUUCAGUUUAAAGGUUGGCCUAGAUUGAAAUGGGUUGUGACAGAUUCAAAAUACCUCUCUAAAUCUCCUAAGGACUGGCAGCCCAACAUCUCAGCUGCAGGAACUGAGCCAGCAUAUAUUGAGUACAAGACCAGCAAAGAGGGCAGUGUUAUGGGUGUCACAGUGUCUCGGAUUGCAAUGCUGUCUCACUGCCAAGCUUUGUCUCAGGCCUGCAACUAUUCUGAAGGUGAAACAAUAGUGAAUGUUUUGGAUUUUAAGAAGGAUGCAGGGUUGUGGCACGGCAUUCUCACGAAUGUAAUGAACAAAUUGCAUACUAUCAGCGUGCCCUAUUCUGUGAUGAAAACCUGCCCACUGUCAUGGGUGCAGAGAGUUCAUACUCACAAAGCAAAAGUUGCUUUAGUCAAGUGUCGAGACUUGCACUGGGCCAUGAUGGCCCAUCGAGACCAAAGAGACGUCAGUUUGAGUUCUCUACGCAUGCUGAUUGUAACUGAUGGUGCAAAUCCCUGGUCUGUUUCCUCAUGCGAUGCCUUCCUGAGCUUGUUUCAGAGUCACGGGCUUAAACCAGAGGCAAUUUGUCCAUGUGCCACAUCUCCGGAAGCGAUGACUAUUGCAAUACGGAGGCCCGGGGUUCCUGGGGCACCUCUGCCUGGAAGAGCCAUACUGUCCAUGAAUGGGUUGAGUUUUGGAGUGAUACGUGUCAAUACUGAAGACAAAAACUCUGCACUCACUGUUCAGGAUGUUGGGCACGUGAUGCCAGGAGGAAUGAUGUGUAUAGUGAAACCCGAUGGACCACCUCAGCUGUGUAAAACAGAUGAGAUUGGAGAAAUCUGUGUCAGCUCCAGAGCAGGAGGAAUGAUGUAUUACGGGCUGGCAGGGCUGACAAAGAAUACGUUUGAGGUUAUUCCUCUGAACUCAGCUGGCUCUCCAGUGGGUGAUGUGCCAUUUGUCCGUUCUGGCUUGCUGGGCUUUGUUGGACCUGGCAGUUUGGUGUUUGUGGUUGGAAAAAUGGAUGGAUUGCUGACAGUCAGUGGACGGAGGCACAAUGCUGAUGACAUUGUCGCAACUGGGUUGGCAGUAGAGUCAAUAAAAACAGUUUACAGAGGAAGGAUUGCUGUAUUCUCAGUAUCUGUCUUCUACGAUGAGAGGAUUGUGGUGGUGGCAGAGCAGAGGCCAGAUGCAUCUGAGGAGGACAGUUUUCAGUGGAUGAGUCGAGUACUGCAGGCAAUUGACAGCAUUCACCAAGUGGGUGUAUAUUGCCUUGCUCUUGUGCCAGCUAAUACAUUGCCAAAAACUCCCCUGGGAGGGAUCCAUAUCUCUCAAACUAAACAGCACUUUCUGGAGGGCUCUCUGCAUCCGUGCAACAUCCUCAUGUGCCCGCACACGUGUGUGACGAACUUGCCAAAACCCAGGCAGAAACAACCAGGUGUUGGCCCUGCCUCUGUGAUGGUGGGGAACCUGGUUGCUGGGAAGCGUAUUGCUCAAGCCUCUGGAAGAGAUCUUGGUCAAAUAGAAGACAAUGAUUUAGUUAAAAAGCACCAGUUCCUGACAGAGGUGUUACAGUGGAGAGCUCACACAACUCCUGACCACGCGCUCUUCCUCUUAUUAAAUGCCAAGGGAACUGCUGUGUGUACAGCCACCUGCCUUCAGCUGCACAAAAAAGCUGAGAGAAUUGCAUCAGUGCUCUGUGACAAAGGACAUCUCAAUGCAGGAGACAAUGUGGUGCUUCUUUAUCCUCCUGGCAUUGAGCUAAUCACCGCGUUCUAUGGCUGUUUGUAUGCUGGCUGCAUCCCUGUGACCGUGAGACCACCUCAUGCUCAGAGCCUCACUGCUACGCUGCCCACUGUGCGAAUGAUCGUGGAAGUCAGCAAAGCUGCCUGUAUUCUCACAACCCAGACCUUAAUGAGACUACUGAAAUCCAGAGAGGCAGCUGGUGCUGUAGAUGUGAAAACCUGGCCGACCAUCAUUGAUACAGAUGACUUGCCCAGGAAGCGGCUCUCUCAGAUCUAUAAACCACCUACGUCUGAAAUGUUAGCAUAUCUAGAUUUUAGUGUUUCCACAACAGGCAUGCUUACAGGAGUGAAGAUGUCCCACGCAGCAGUGAGUGGUCUCUGCAGGGCCAUCAAGCUUCAGUGUGAGCUCUACUCCUCACGGCAGAUUGCGAUUUGUCUUGACCCCUACUGUGGACUAGGGUUUGUGCUCUGGUGCCUUUGCAGUGUGUAUUCUGGACACCAGUCAAUUUUAAUUCCUCCUAUGGAGCUGGAAUCCAAUCUUUCUCUCUGGUUAUCUACUGUCAGCCAGCAUAAAAUAAGGGACACUUUCUGUUCCUACUCAGUCAUGGAACUGUGCACAAAGGGACUUGGAAACCAAGUUGAAACAUUAAAGGCACGAGGAAUUAAUCUGUCCUGUGUCCGGACGUGUGUGGUUGUUGCAGAGGAACGACCACGAGUUUCUCUCACUCAUUCAUUCUCAAAACUCUUCAAAGACAUUGGCCUGUCAUCUCGUGCUGUAAGCACCACCUUUGGAUCAAGAGUCAACGUUGCUAUCUGUUUGCAGGGAACCUCUGGGCCUGAUCCCACCACAGUGUAUGUAGACCUGAAAUCCUUGAGACAUGACAGAGUACGUCUAGUGGAAAGGGGAGCUCCACAAAGUCUGCUGCUUUCGGAAUCUGGGAAGAUUUUACCUGGAGUCAAAGUGGUUAUUGUUAAUCCUGAGACAAAAGGGCCUCUUGGAGAUUCUCAUCUUGGAGAGAUUUGGGUGAACAGCCCACACACAGCCAGUGGCUACUACACCAUCUACGACAACGAAACCCUGCAAGCUGAUCAUUUCAACACUCGUCUGAGCUUUGGAGAUGCAGCUCAGACACUUUGGGCUCGGACUGGGUACCUUGGUUUUGUGCGUCGGACAGAACUUACAGCUGCCAGCGGAGAGCGCCACGAUGCUCUGUAUGUCGUUGGAGCACUGGAUGAAACUCUGGAACUGAGGGGGCUGCGUUACCACCCGAUUGAUAUCGAGACGUCUGUAUCUCGGACGCACAGGAGCAUUGCUGAAUGUGCUGUAUUCACAUGGACCAACUUGCUCGUGGUCGUCGUGGAGCUGUGUGGCUGUGAACAGGAGGCCCUGGAUUUGGUUCCUCUGGUUACAAACGUGGUCCUGGAAGAGCAUUAUCUCAUUGUGGGAGUGGUGGUGGUGGUUGAUCCCGGCGUUAUUCCUAUCAAUUCCAGGGGGGAGAAACAACGGAUGCAUCUCCGUGACAGUUUUCUGGCUGACCAGUUAGACCCCAUCUAUGUUGCUUAUAACAUGUAGUGUGUGGGGGAGCGAUGCUCAGAAACUUGAUGGCUCCACCAAACGACAAAGGGUGGCCGUAGAAAUGAAGCUGGUGAAAAUUACUAAUACUUGAUAUAAAGUUUGAGAUUGCUGCCAUAUUCCCUUCAUCUCAUCCUGUGAUAUUAAGAUCACAUGAACUACCAGUGGAAAAAAGGAAAUGUGGUAGACAAUGGAAAACAUUCGUAACGGUUUACUGAAAUAUUAGCUUUAUAGCAAAUGCAAAGUUGACAAGCAUGUGAGCUACAAAAUUCCUAAGGCCUUUACAGUAGUGUUACUUUUUUCAUCUGUUGUACAUAUUUGUAUUUUUAUCUAAUACUGUUUUAGGAUUCUCUAAGGGGAGGGUUUAUUUAGUUAAGAUAAUAAACUAUUAAGAGGAGGGUCAUUGGAGUUCUGCAGUUCCCUACUAUAUAAUGUACUUUGCAUCUGUACUGUAGCUAUCCAUUCUGUGGGAUCACACAACUUAUUUAAAAUCGUGCCAUGACCAAAUCAAUAACUUACGGAAUCUAAGAGUUACUUAUUCAGAUAGAUAUUUCUUGAAUUUAAAAAAGAAUUUUGCCUAUAUUUUAAAUAUGUAAAUAUUAUUAUACAUAAUUCACUUAGAUAGAAAAUUAACUUGGGUAAUGAUGACAGCUGAAGGUAGAAAUUAAGGACAAGUAACUUUUGUGGUCCUUAGCAUAAUUGCAUUCGGUUAGACAGCUGAUGUGAGAUAGGAGGAUCUCACACAAGUUUUCUUCUUUCAGUAUGUAGUCUUUUAUUGCUGGCCAGAAGCGUGUCGUAGCACAUAGAAACCCAUGAUUUAAAGGCACAUCUUCCUAAACGAGGCUGAGAUAUUUAAAGAGUUGCAUUGAACCUGGUAGAAAUCGCAGUGCUAAGUCCAAAACGCUUGACUGAAAUGAUGCACUGGAGUUACAGUCUCUGCCUCCACUCUGAAACCUCGUGUUUAAAGGAGGAAAAAAAUCCUAUGGAUGAACACGCAGCUAAAUUCACUGUUUGUGCAGUUCAGUCAUUAUUCCAUCCAGUUCCCUUGGGGGUAUAGCAAGAAUCACAGUAGAUGAGCUCUGCUGUAAGCUGGGAGAUGAUGACCCAGAUUCCUUCCAAACGUUCCCUGGAAGCAGUUUGAUAUUUCUGGGGUUUUGGCCGAGAGCAGUUCUACUACUACAGAAGGAGGCACGAAAAUGCAACAGCAGUUCUGGUAAAUGCAUCGUUAACGUUAAUAUCCCAACCUUCAGAAUGCUGUGUUAGCUUUCACACUGGUCAACAUAAAGAAGCAGAAGCUGUAGAGCAGCGGGUCCAAGUUCUUCCUGCUGCAGGGAGCGACUGCACGCUGGGCUGAAGGGAGAGAUGGCGUUUAAGCUCUGACUCAGAACAGCCUUUAUUCAAGUAAUCCUGAAUAAUAUUCUAAAUUCCUACGGGUGUUAAGGAAAUAUGAUUUUGGAAGCAAUGAGAGUUGAUACCAGAUAUUGCAGCAGGGUUUUUUGAGUCAAAUACGGUAUACAGUGUAAAUAAACUUGUUAUUAAAAUGCUCCUCAUUACCUCGUCCCAAAUUUGUAGGUGGUUUUUAAAAGGUUUGUAGGAUGAGCUUUGAAGAUCCUGUGGCAGUUAUCAGCGCAGAACCUGGCGGAUCUGUAAGCAAAUCCCAGUUUGGUUCUUGAACAACUCCUGAUGCAUUCUGUUAGCUCUGAGGGCAGGAGUUCUGCAACGGAGAUGGGAAGCUCUGAAUGGUUUUGGAAAAUAUUCAGUGCUGAAGUAGAAACCGCAAGAUUCUGCGGCACGUCUCGAGUUGAGUUGUUUGCAAACGCUUCAGUUUAUAAGUGUGUAUCAGUUUGUUUUUCCCUAUCUGCCCCUGUAAUGAGACAGCAUUGCAGAUGAAAGUUCCGUGCUGUUGUGCUGCUGCAUGGAUGUGACAGGUUUUCUGCCGCUGGUGUCCAGUUCCUUACAACAUGCAUCCUGAAAUACCUUUACAAGAAGGUUUGUAUGUUUAGUUUUGACAAAUUGGCCACAGUGUAGGGACAGCAACAGGUGUAACUGUGACUAAUACAGUUGGUACUGCAGCUGCUUAUUUCUGGUGUGAAGUGCACUGAAGUUGUUCUUUUUCAGCCAGUGAAGUGGAGAAUCUCCUUGUUUUGCUGUGAGCCACUUUUUUUGAUUUUUCUUGCACAGCAAAGCGAACUGCAGUGCAGCUUCACUUUGUUGUUGCAUAUUUCAGGAAAAAAGCAACCAAGGGCCUUUUUCUUACUGAGAUUAAAGCUUUGGGGAAGUUGUUUGUUGAAACAAACCUUGUUUGUUCACAGAGAUGGAUUUCAAAUACAGAUCUAGUAUUUUAUUGUACUUCCCUUUUUUCUUUUCAGAAAUAAAAAGUGGAUCCAUUAAUCUGAUCACGGAUUCUCAGUACAUGGCAAAUUGACUUUGUGAAAUGGAAUUUUUUUGAAUGGCACACCUGACUUUUUUUUUUCCUUUGGUCUUUAUAUGGAGAAGUAUUUGGUAGUUUCUCAAAUUUUGGGCUUUUGUCUCACAAGCUUACUGCGUGCUCUUAAUCUUUCUCUCCUGGUAUAUUACAUUUCUCUGAGAACUAAAUUUACAGUCCUGUCCUUAGAACAAGAUAACAUUCUGCUCUUGAUUGCCAGUAAGUGAUGUAUAAAGCUGGCUGGGUUUGAUUUCAUUGAAUGCUUUUGUCUGUGUUUGGUGCAGUGAAAAACAGAGUGUUGGAGAGGAAGAAGUACGGAGCUGUGAAUCUGGAAACCCCGAUUUCUAACUCCAGCUCUGCUAAUGACUUGCCACAAGGCCUUCAACAGGUCAUUUCACUCCUUCAGUUUCUUCAUCUGUAGAUGAGGAUAUUACCUAAUCCUUACAACAUCCCUGUGAGGUAACUAACUGUACAGCACUAAGUGCUAAGUAUUUUUCAUUGCUAGCCUCUUUGAGGUCAGGGUCAGUUUGUUCUUCCAAACUGAUAAAUGAUUAUUUGAUUGUCUUGGGAGGGCUGUCAAGAGAUGUGACCAUUUCACUUUCAAAUGCUUGCUUGGUGUCUUUCCACAUGAGAACUGAGAUAUUUAACUUCACUAAACUUGCAGGGCCACUGAAGGUUCUGAUGUCACGUGUUCAGGUUCAGAGUUGGGUUCUGUUCCAUAACUGCUGAAUCAGGUGUUGAGUCCCAAGCAGCAGACUUCCCGUGCUUGUUUGGCUUUGCAGCUUAUCCAGUUGCAGAGGACAAAUAAUUUCCUCUUGCCGUCUGUCAGAUUCCAAGCUACCAGCUGCAGUGAAACUUAAACUAGGAAUUUUUACCAGUUGGAACUAAAAUAUUUUGUAUGUCUUACUGUUUAUGAAUACUCCCUAAGCAAAAUGUGUUGGCUACAGGUAAUUUCGAGUCCUGUUUCGUUAACAUUUGCACUGCAUUUCUGGUUUAAAUAAAUGUAAUUAAGAUGUGUCAUACUAACUGUCCUAAAAAGGUUGUAAAAAUGAUCAACUCUAGCCCUAAAUGCAAUUUUUCUUUAAUUUCUGUCAACCUAUUUACCAUUGUCAAAUUCAGAUUACAGCAUUAUGUAAUUAUGUAAAAAGUUUUUAUUUAUUUAAAAUUAGAUUAGAUAUACAUUUUUAAAUUUAACAUCUGGCUGGACAGUGUUCCAUUAACGCAUUGAUUGUGUUUCCUUUGUCUUGUGUUAAUAAAUAUUGAUGCCUGA